AUGCUCGUCGUGCAGAUAUUUUAUUUCUACUUUCUUAUUCUUACAACUUCUUGUUCUGUGAAAAGGCUUACAACAAUAAGUACUUCUAUCCUCUUUGUCAUGUAUCACGUCGUAGAUCAGCUCGUGGCGGCACAAUCUAGACGUCGUGGACGGGUUUUAUGUGAGCUGAAUUGCCGAACCCGAACCGCGAACGUGAAUGAAUGA